CUCUAGCUGCAAAAUGGACAACGUCCUUCCAAUGGACUCAGACCUCUUCCCAAACAUCUCCACUAACACCUCAGAGCCCAACCAGUUCGUGCAGCCAGCCUGGCAAAUUGUCCUUUGGGCAACUGCGUACACGGUCAUCGUGGUGACCUCCGUGGUGGGCAACGUAGUGGUGAUGUGGAUCAUCUUGGCCCACAAGAGAAUGAGGACAGUGACCAACUAUUUCCUGGUGAACCUGGCCUUCGCGGAGGCCUCCAUGGCUGCAUUCAAUACAGUGGUGAACUUCACCUACGCUGUCCACAACGAGUGGUACUACGGCCUGUUCUACUGCAAGUUCCACAACUUCUUCCCCAUUGCUGCUGUCUUCGCCAGUAUCUACUCCAUGACGGCUGUGGCCUUCGACAGGUACAUGGCCAUCAUCCAUCCCCUCCAGCCCCGGCUGUCAGCCACAGCCACAAAAGUGGUCAUCUGUGUCAUCUGGGUCCUGGCUCUCCUGCUGGCCUUCCCCCAGGGCUACUACUCAACCACAGAGACCAUGCCCAGCAGGGUCGUGUGCAUGAUCGAAUGGCCGGAGCAUCCUAACAAGAUUUACGAGAAAGUGUACCACAUCUGCGUGACUGUGCUGAUCUACUUCCUCCCCCUGCUGGUCAUCGGCUACGCGUACACCGUGGUGGGAAUCACGCUGUGGGCCAGCGAGAUCCCUGGAGACUCCUCGGACCGGUACCACGAGCAAGUCUCUGCCAAGCGUAAGGUGGUCAAAAUGAUGAUCGUCGUGGUUUGCACCUUUGCCAUCUGCUGGCUGCCCUUCCACAUCUUCUUCCUGCUUCCCUACAUCAAUCCGGAUCUCUACCUAAAGAAGUUUAUCCAGCAGGUCUACCUGGCCAUCAUGUGGCUGGCCAUGAGCUCCACCAUGUACAACCCCAUCAUCUACUGCUGCCUCAAUGACAGGUUCCGCGUGGGCUUCAAGCACGCCUUCCGGUGCUGCCCCUUCGUCAGCGCCGGCGACUAUGAGGGGCUGGAGAUGAAGUCCACCCGGUACCUCCAGACCCAGGGCAGUGUGUAUAAGGCCAGCCGUCUGGAGACCACCAUCUCCACAGUGGCAGGGGCCCACGAGGAGGAGCCGGAGGAUGGCCCCAAGGCCACACCCUCAUCCCUGGACCUGGCCUCCAAUGGCUCCUCGCGCAGCGACUCCAAGACCAUGACAGAGAGCUUCAGCUUCUCCUCCAACGUGCUGUCCUAGGCCACAGGGCCUUCAGCAGGUGCAGCUCCCCCAUCUUUGUCCUGCUUCACCUCAUGAAUAGAUGCUUCCUCAAUAUGGAGACCAUCAGAAACACCCUAACAUUCAGGCUGUGGAAACGGUCAGAAUGGUGUAGAGAAAACAUUUCAUCCUAGAGCCUAAAAA